AUGUACCCUCCUCUCUGGGUUUGGCUCUUUAGACAAAAGGAGCACAGCCUCCGGGAGCUCUACAGAGGGCUCCGCUACUCGCAACCUGGUUAUAUAUCAAACCAGUUUGCCGAUAUUGACCUCCACCCGAUGGAUUUCUGGACAGGGAACACCGAUCCUUCCCUCAUCCAAUUCUUCACACCCGACACCGACACCAACUUCAAAAUCGCCAACACUGCACUCAACCCCGAGGACCCCGUGGAUGACCCUUUCACGUGGGUUCGGGCGAUGAAGCAAACUCAAGACUUCAUCCCCCAAGAGAUGCACCAUCCACUCUACCAGGCAUUUUCGAAGUACCUCCGCAAAUCCCCCGGGGGCAGUAACACCCCUAUCUUCUGGGAGCUGGUCCCCAUGUAUGGAGAAGACAAUAGUCUCUUCAACAGUAACGACCAGCACGGCUUCACCAUUCAAAUGGGAGCCACGAGCGCCGACGGAAAGACCGCUCACCAACUCGUCGUCAUGAAAAGCGACAACUGCUACCAUGACACCCUCCCGUCAGUUGGAGAGCUCAUAGUACUUGUUCGAUGGAUGCUUAGUGGAAUCAAAAGCCACAAGCGCCAGUUCGGCAGGUACCACCGACAUGAGCGUCCCCAACUUGACUUUCCGACAAUGGUCAUUUCCUUCCUCCCUGAUGCUCGAGUUCGAGUUUUGCAUGGGUAUUUCGACAACGGCCGACUCAAAGUGGCCUAUACCCAAGCACUCAACUUCGAUGCGGAGGACUACACCGACAAGAUGGAUAUCCUACUCCAAUGGGCGUGGCCCCUCACUGAUGGGGACACCACCAAGCCCAUCCCCCUUCCCACGAUCGAGGACGAUGAAGAAGACGAGUGGGAUGAGUGGGAGAAGUGGGAGCUCCGAUAUAGGGAGGGCAUCGAAGACGAGUUUCUGAGGGGUGAAUCAGACGAGGGUGACAGCACUGAGGCAGACCAAGACCUCGGUGACUGUGCGUCGGAAUUCGAGGAGGAUGAGAGCGAUUGGGAAGACGAGGGUCCCAUCGAGGAGAGGGACGAGGAGUUCGUGAUGUCUGCGGGCAUCAAAAGAAAAAUUAUACAGAAGCUGGAGGAGAGGAUGAGGGAUCGAAAGUUGUGA